UUCCAUAAACCCUAUUUCUCUGUAACUUAGACUCCAGUGUGCCGCGCAGUGUGCGCAAAUUCUUAAAUCCUCCUUCGGGUUUGGUGGUGUCUGAAUCCCGGGAGUUGAAACCAGGCAGGAAGACCCUCUUCACUCUCAAAGAAGAUGACAACCCAACAGAGAGGUAACUUCUGUUUACAUGGAACUCAGAAAUCUCCUGCAAAUCAUGAUCUUAAGGCCAGAGAAUGGCAGGUGAACAGAAACCCUCAAGUAACCUCCUGGAACAGUUUAUUUUACUAGCCAAAGGCACUAGUGGCUCAGCCCUCACUGCCCUCAUAAGCCAAGUCUUGGAGGCGCCUGGAGUGUAUGUCUUUGGAGAACUGCUGGAGCUGGCCAAUGUGCAGGAGCUGGCGGAAGGAGCUAACGCCGCUUACUUGCAGUUGCUGAACCUGUUUGCGUACGGGACGUACCCAGAUUACAUAGCCAACAAAGGGAGCCUGCCAGAACUCAGCACGGCGCAGCAGAACAAGCUGAAACACCUCACCAUCGUGAGCCUGGCGUCGAGAAUGAAGUGUAUCCCCUACUCCGUGCUGCUGAGGGACCUGGAGAUGCGGAAUCUCCGGGAGCUGGAAGACCUCAUCAUCGAGGCUGUCUACACGGACAUCAUCCAGGGCAAGCUGGACCAGCGCAACCAGCUGCUGGAAGUGGACUUCUGCAUUGGCCGUGACAUCCGCAAGAAGGACAUCAAUAAUAUUGUCAAGACCUUGCACGAGUGGUGUGAUGGCUGUGAAGCAGUUCUGCUGGGCAUCGAGCAGCAGGUUCUGAGAGCCAACCAGUACAAGGAGAACCACAGCCGGACCCAGCAGCAGGUGGAGGCAGAGGUAACCAACAUCAAGAAGACUCUCAAAGCCACUGCGUCCUCCUCGGCCCAGGAGAUGGAGCAGCAGCUGGCCGAGCGGGAGUGUCCCCCCCACGCUGAGCAGAGGCAGCCCACCAAGAAGAUGUCCAAAGUGAAAGGUCUGGUCUCCAGCCGCCACUAGGGCCGGUUGGGGCGGCUGGCACUCACCGGGCCUGGGGCAGCCGGGGAGGGGACACCAAGGGCCUACUUCCUCCCCUCCCCACCUUCAGUGAGUUCCAGACCUGCCCGCCCCUCACCAGCGCCUCCCCGCCCUGUUGGUACUGUUUCAGAAGAACCGUUUCGCCCCUGCCCAGCCCACCCCCGCCCACCCCAGUUGUUCCCUUCAGACUCAGGGGCCCCACCGACGCCACCCCAGCAGGGUCAGACGCUGCCCGGCUGCCCUCCCGGAGGCUCUUGUCUGUGUCCAAGGGCUUGUCCCCCUCCCAGGUUUUUUUUUUCCCCUCCAUGUCAUGUUGUCAGGCUGAUCAGAGCCAGAGGCAGCUUUAACCAGCCCGCGGGGAUGACCGAGAAGGAGGCUCCUCUCUGAGUGCGGUGGGCCUCCCGCAGCCCCACGGACCGCGGUGCCCACGCGGCGCAGGCCCCUCCAGCCGGGGAGCCCGACGCUUCGUUCCCCCUCCUGCCCUGCCCCUCCCUGGCAGCCCUGGUCCGACCGAGCAAGCGGCCGAGCAAGCGGCCGUGGAGGGGUGUGGUGCUGGGCUGUGUUUGCUAGCCCUGCGGGAGGUUUCUGGCCUCUGAAGCCCAGCUCCGCUCCCUCGCUGGUGGGAGCGCUGGGCUCACUGGCGUCUGGUGUCUGAGCAGCAGGGGCGGGCGCUGUGGGCCUGCUCAGUGGCAGGAGUUUCGUCCAGCUUGGUGUCCUCGGCCGCCGCUGCCCACUCAGACUGGUUUCGGCGAGGACGCCCCGGCGGCCCCUGGGGCUGCCCGUCAGCACUUGCUCUCCGUGCUGGGGACGGUGGUGCCGAGGCCCCUCUCUCCGGGGAAGGACCUGUGGCCGCUCUGUCCCUCCCGUCCCACCCUCCCUGGCUGAUGCCCCAGAGCCCUCUGAUGAUGGCGUUCUCCUGGCGAGAGGAAAGGACUUGACUAGCCUUUCUGAACUUGAACAGUUUCAGGUUAUAUUUUGAUUUUUUUUUGUACAGGUUCUGAUUCUAAUACAUUUCAACAUGCCUUUUUCCCCCCCCGUGUCAAUGUUUGUGGCAGACGGAUCGCCGGGGACUUUGCCCCUGGUCGGCGGGGGCCUGUGUGUAUGUGUGCGUGUUCCUUUUUAAGGGGAAGGGGUGGUCUGGACCGAUACUCAAGUUCACCGAGGGAAGAAGCACAUUCUAGAACAAAAAAUAAAAGUGGAGACUUACUGUGA